AUGACGGAUGCCGCAUCACGGCAUAAGCUCACUUGCCCUUCUGGCAGUUGGAAACACAGAUGGGUGACCAGGUAUAGACAAGAGUAUAAGUACCGCUGUUGUAUUGGGUACACUGGAUCCGGUUGUAAUACCCCCAUCUGCUCACCUCCAUGUGUUAACCAGGGACAAUGUGUGUCUCCCAACCAAUGCAAAUGUCUUCAUGGUACUAUCGGAAAUACCUGUUCGCAAAUGCAAGCGUCACCUACAAUGUUAAGAUGCAGUGCCUUUCUUCUUAUGAAGGAAAGGUCUUCCGGAAAGGAAAUGUACCGUUUCAUGACAGACUCUUCGUCCCCAGAUAACCACAUGAUAGAUUUGAUCUGGGUAAAUCAGCAUGACUACAACAUCAUAAAUAUCUACUUCGAAGCUGACUUCUCGCCAUAUAUACACAACUUGCCCGAUAGCCGUUAUAUCCAGGACUAUGCAUUUGGUAUUGUGGAUGCUAACGCACAGUUGAACUUAAACAAAAUUACACGGCCAGGUCAAAAUGUGGUAUCCAAAAUCCAACCAAAACACUACAAUUGUGAAGGCUUUCCUAGAACCUCUGAUAUAAAGCACAGGCUGGAAUGCAACAUCACGGAUACAAAUUUUAACUGGUUAUUGGAGCAUGGCGAUAACUUGACUGUCACAGUAACCGCAACGAAUGGUGGAUACAGGCAUAUAUUGAAUCAAAACACUCAUCAUCUUGAGAACACAGAGCGUUUUGUAGGGAGAACAUCCACGAAAAAAAUGCAGUAUAUGUUCGACUUUCAUUCACCAAGACAUUGUAGCGAAAACAAGAGCUGUGUUCAUAAUGAAUCUCCGCUUCACCUCUCUAAUGACAUAAGUAAGAUGCCAGUCACAAUAACUUGGGGUGGUUGGAUUGACGAUCUGUCCGGUGUCAAUAUGUAUACAGUUUACGUGUACAGACUUAAGCCAGACAGCAGGACAGGGGAGUUAACCGAAUCUAACACAAAUGUUUCUUUGUUCACAGAACACGUGAACAUAAGCGAAACAUUCCCUAUUUACACGCCUGAUACCAUCGGUAUGUAUACGAUUCUACUGGAGGUUGCGGAUAAGGCCAGUAAUAAUUUGUAUGCCAGACGACUAUUCCUGUACGACAACUCUUCCCAGAUUUCUAUAAACGAUAAUAACAUGAGCAUAUACGGGUCCGUUGGAGACAAACACAUAUGGAUAUCAACAUUGCAAAAUGAAAGUACUCUAGGUGCGCCAAUUCAUUUAAGUUGGGCUAACCAUUUUAUUAACCAGGAACAUGUGAACCUGAAACUUCUUACACGAGUUUCUCCUUUUAAGUCGGAUUUAUUUAAUGGAAUUCUACAUCGGUGCGUAAAACCAGGUCUGGAUGACAAUGAAGGUUCCCGCAUGAUGCAGCCUAUCAACAAUAUACACGGAAUCGUACGUGUAGAAACGGCUUUUAAGCGUGACAAAGAUGGGGGAACGACCAUAACUCAAACUCCUACGGAUGGCUGGAAAACCGUAGCUGGGUAUCUGAACGAGAGCACAUCUAUAAACGUCCCCCGACAGGACGGCGAUUCAAUACGUAUAUGGGUGCGUGUUUUUGAUGUUGUAAACAACAGUGACACAGACGCUAUACUCUUGAAUGCCGACUCGUCACCACCGGUUAUCGAACAGCCCAUAUUCCUCAAAAACAUACGUAAUUCAACGUUCCCAUUCGCUAGUAGAAUUUCGAUUCUGGCGUCUGACAAACACAGUGGAAUACGGCUAAUCAAAUGGAAAUUAACUGCUAAUGAUUCAGAAAAAGUGUUUCAUUCCGGAAGUGAGAACGGAAAUAUAACUGAAAGAAAACCAAGUCUUCAGGAAGGGGCUUGUACUUCUGUUGGGGAAUGUUUCUACUUUUAUAAUGAAUUUGAGGUCAACAACUGCUGGUUUAAGGUGCCUAAGGACGACCUUCCAGCACAAGUAACAAACAUCGACAUCGAAGUUUUUAAUUCUGCAAUGUUAAGUUCAUUUGGACGAUUUCAGGUUGACGAUUUAACUUCCUUGAAUGGGAUGGAGGAAUAUUCUGGGCCAAUGCAUCUUGAGGUAACUGGUACAACGUCAUACAGUGCGAAUUUUCAGUGGCGCCAGGGACCGAGCUGUUACGACCGAACCGAUAUUCUUUUAAUGUACAACGUUUCUGGACAGACAAAAUCAAUGCAUAUUCACAAAGACUCGAAGUAUUACACACUUGGGGACCUAGACCCGGAGACUAAAUAUACUGCGCAAUUUGUCGUCGUGUAUGGAGACGAGCGAAGUGAUCCCAUCAAAAUUACAUUCACGACAGGAAAGUAUGAAGGUCUGGCAGCUGGGUUUAUUGCCGGAAUUUCUAUAGUUAUAUUGGUCCUCGUUGGGUUACUUAUUGCCGGGAUUGUGCUCUGGAGGACAGGAAGACUCAACCGCUACAAAGAGUCCAUAUAUGGUCAUAUACAGCGACGAACAACCACACGCCGACGAUCGAACGCCUACUCAGAUUAUAAAACUGCCAAUAAACAAAACGAUCGAAAGUCUUUUGCGAACUUGGCUUAUUCGGAUGUCGGAGACGAUGAUGUAUAUAUGUACGGCCAAAUGGUGUUUAAUGAGCACCAAUCAUGGGAGAUACAACACGACCAGGUGUCCUUAGUUGAAAAAAUGACUUCGGGAAGGUUUGCCGACAUCUUUAAAGCUUCACAAAACUGCAAAAAGAACAAUAGAAAGAUCGUAGUGGCUAAGGUGCUAAAAGAAUCACAUACCGAAAUAGAUGAAUUGGUAAUGAACGCCAAGAUCAACUUUUUUGCGACAAAAGUCGGUUCCCAUGCCAACGUGAUACAGUUCAUCGGAGCAGUGCUUGACAACAAACCAUUGGGCCAAUUCAUGCUGUUGGAGUUGUGUGAGACAGGCGUGAUGAGGACGUGGCUACAGCAUCAGAAAAAAAAUGUAACAGACAGUGAAGUAGAUGCCUUGUAUCGCAUGACGUUUGACAUAGCUAAGGGAAUGAAUUACCUUGCCUCCAAACAGAUUAUCCAUCGUCACUUGGCUGCUAGAAAUAUUCUCCUCACGUCAUCACUGGAGGCCAAGGUCGCAGGAUUUGGACCCACGAAAGAAACCGAACAACAAGAUGGUGACGCAGGAAAGGCAAGUACCAUGAAUACCACGAUACGUAAUGAAAAGGUGCCAAUCAAAUGGAUGGCUCCAGAAUGCAUGACGUCAUUAAAAGAGGCAUCAUUGAAGAGUGAUGUGUGGGCCUAUGGAAUUGUCUUAUGGGAAAUAUUCAGUCUUGGUGACACACCAUACCCAGGGUUACGUAGUAUGGACGUUGCCACCAAAGUAACCAAUGGCUACCGUAUGAGUCGCCCAGAGUAUUGCGCAGAUAUGCAUUACGAGUUAAUGAAGAAAUGCUGGAAAGAUAAACAGUCAGCACGACCGAAAUUCUCAGCAAUUGUUCAGGAGAUCAGCAGUACCUUCAGUUCAAGCCAGGACGACUACUAUUACUACACAACUUAGUUAAAACACAAAAGGAUUAGAUCCAACCCUGACAUAAUAAACAUCAUAGGCUGUAGCUACAGCUGCUAUUGCUAGAUUUGUGUUGCCGCCACCACCAUUGUCACUCUAAUUAAGUCAAUCGUCUCUACUUGCUACCUUUACUUCUGCAAAUAUAUAUUAAAUAAUCAACUAAGGCCAAUAUCGUAUAAUUCAUGUAUCAUUUAUCAUUAUAUCAAUGUAUCAUUUACAAUAUUCUUAUUAUCAUGUACAAAGUAGAUAAUGGAGGAAGCUUUUACAUCAGAAUAUGCAAAUUAAUGGUAAAUCAUUCCUGUAGUAGUUAAACAAUAUAAUGAGUGCUCGUGAUGCAGCCAGCUAUGACUUUGUCGAGGAUGUGAAACAAAAGACAAAACAAAAUGUGAGUACAUGAAAAAGAUUAAUCCACUGUUGGAAAAAUCUCGACUAUGAUUUCGGAUUGUUUUUGUUAUCAGUGGCGUUUAUUUCAAUACAGCUUUUGUAUAAUAGAACAUAAUUGCUUAUCUCAAUCUCAUUCAAACUGAACAUAAUAUCAACAAACUAAUUAUGAUGCACAAUUAACAUAAAACAUAUAUUGUAUAUCAAUAUGAUACCGAUUUUAAUGUACAUGAGCUGACAUUUAUUUUCAUUUUGAACAUUUGCUGUUUUUCGCGAGCAAUGAUAUAUAACUUGUAU